GAGAAUGACCUUACACAAAAACACAUUAGUAUACCUUAACUUACACAUAAUAAUGGUUGGAGUGAUGAUAAAAUUGUUUUUAAAGCUGCACUUCAAACCGGAAAUAAAUCAAAAGACUGAUUAACAUUGUGAAAUACUGUAUAUUACUUUGACUAUUUUUGCUCAGUAGCAGAUUAGAACACACCAAAGACACUAAAUACAUUAUUGUACCUGCAGAUAUUUGUCAAUCUUGUAGUUAAAUGAAAGCUGUGUCCUUGAGAAGUCUCUUAUUUUGGGGUUUCUGAUCAUUGUUAAAACCUUCUGUAUUGAAUCAUGUGCUAUGCCCCCUGGUGGAGGGUUUAAGUACUGUGUUUGGUCAGUGUCAGUUGUAAUAAAUAAUUUCAAAAACUGCAUAAUUAAAUGAAUUCUACUAGACGAAUUGUGUUUUUAUCAAAGUUUGACGUUUGUCUAUCAGAAGUUGUUCAAAUUAUCAAUGCGACAAAGGCACAAUAUCAACAUUUAGUCAAACAACAUUUGGAAAACGUAGAAUUUUAUUGUUAACAUUUACUUUAUCAUAAUUGAAAAAAAAAACAUUUUAGGUGAUGAUGUAGAUUUUCAAUAAUUCAGAUAUAUUAUUCUCAAGAUUUUAUGAAGUACUGUACUUUUUUACUUCAAAUUACCUUAAUGACCGAUAGAAACACCUGUUUCAAGAUUAACGCAAUAUGACCUUAAUAACUCAAUAAUUUCAGCAGUUUUAUUUUUAUUUUAUCAAAGUAUAAUAAACAUUCACUCAAACAAACAUGUCCGUCUCUGCUUGUGGUGAUUCAUAUCGCCAAAUGUCCUUCAGAAGCCUCCGUACUUUUGGAGUCGUCGCUAGGCAACCAAAACUGUGUCUCUGCAGGUGUUAAAAGUUGUAAUUAAAACAUUAACGCCGUCGCUUAGCGGCUGCAGGAUUUCAAAGUCCAAAGCAAGAGCCAUGCAGGAAUCUGGAAAGAAGAAUUGGGCCAAUAGAAGGGUGUCAGUAACAGCAAAAUACACGGAUUCUGACCAUGAAGAAAAGGAGGAGAAAAUCAACGGUUGUGUUCAGAAAAAGGCUGCAGCUCUUUCUGACCAUGACUCCAGGGUUUUAAGAACCAAGCUACACAUUGUGCAAGAAGAACUUGAUCUGCUUUCCACUGAAUAUCAUUAUCAGAAUGAUGAAUUUGGUAAGCUUUUUGCAACAAAUAAGAGGCUGGGCGACGAUCGAGCCAGACUGCAGAAGACCAUUUGUGUCCAGAAAAUACAAAUUGAGGAGCAGAAAGCUUCGAUUAAAGAUCUUGCCCACAAAUGCCAUGAUCUCCGUCUGCAAGUGUAUGACUUGAGCAAGCUGGUUAGAGGUUAUGAUGAGGAAGUGGAGAAGAUUAACUGCCAGCUGACUGCAGCCAAUCUGGUGAAGAAGAAGAAGAUCCUGAGUAGUGAAGAAAAUCUAAAUAUAGAAAAUCUGCUGGCUGAGAACAAAAACCUCAAGAAGCAAAAAUAUGACCUUAUUUUGGGUUUCAAGAAGCAAACCAAGCUGAUCGACAUUCUGAAAAGACAGAUAAUGCACCUUGAGGCAGCAAAGCUGCUGUCCUUCACGGAGGAGGAGUUCAUCAAAGCCAUGCUGGAGACACAAUAAACAUGAUCCUCACUGUCCUUCUUACUUCUUAUAAAGUCAUUUCUUCAUGUUAUGGGGCUACACCGUAAAUCUAAUCCUGUGUUAAACAACCUCAGUUUGAAAUUACAUUGAA